GGCGGUGCAAGAAGCGAUACAGGUUUGACCAACAGUCAGAUAAUUCGUGAUGGACUCCAGAUCUCGAAGACUUCCUUUUUGCCUUUCCACCUCGAGCUCUGCAUAUGCAAGUAGAUCGUCAGUCUCUCCCUCGUCACUGACCUCCAGUAGGUUGUACAAUAGAGACAGGGUACCGAGCAGUGAUUGCUUCCCAAGGGCAUCAUCAGCUUAUAAACCAGACCUAGCUCAUCAGAAUUAUUGUCACAUGAGUUCAUCCAGAGACUAUAGCAGCUCUGACAGUCGCCCCACCAGAUGGAAAUUGCCUUCUUCACUGACACCUUCCGCAAGAACGUAUGAGCGUCCUUGGACUGAAUCCUCCGUCAACAGCCGAAGCAAAUUGGGUGAAUCUGAGGGGAUGUUAGGAUUGAGCUCGGGGCUGAAAGCCAAUGCUGACGGCGAUUCUAAACGGGCCAAGCUUUCGUACAGCAACAGAGGACUGUACUCCAGUAUGGCCACUGCUUCAGCUACAGGAUCUGCUUUUGCCAGUAACAGUCUUAACAGUGACACAGGUGCAAGCGAAAAGAAAAGUGAGGACUUGUUGGCUUCACCAUGUUGGAGUUCAUGUCGUUUGCGGUCGCAGUCGUCAUCGUCGUCUUCAAAGCCACAGAUGUCCAGGAGGGAGCAUGAGCCAAAGCAUGAUGCCAGUCUCCCACGUUUGGGAGAAAGAAGAGUUAGAACUGCUGGACUGGCUUCCGCCUCAUAUCAGCCUGACAGGGUGACGUCCACAUAUGUGCAUGGUGCUCGUCCAAAAGAGCCUACCUACUCCUACUCCCCCUCUUCCACUACUAGGGAAAGCUCCUUUAGUCACCACCUCCCAUCUUCCGUUUCCCAGCGACCUUCUCUGGUGUGCGACUUGAACAACAGAUCUGCCCGUUUCUCUAACCGUUCCUCCAGCAUUCACUCGUUGGAGCAACAAACCGGAAAGUUUGAAUCCAUUUCCAAUUCCUCUUGCGCCUCCACCCAGACUUCAUGGUCCACCCCUCCUCUGGCCAGACGGGAAGCAGUGCUUGUUCCCAGAAUAGUCCCUGAAGCUGAAGAGGGCCGCAGGUCCACUCGACGCAUUUUGUCCCGUUUGUUUUCACGUCGUUCAAGCCAAGACUCUUCCAGUGGAUCUUCCAGCACUCGCUCUUUUGAUUCAUCGGAUGACGCUCCAUCAACUAACGGAGAGGCUGCAGAUGGCAAGGACAGAACCAGGAUGCGGAGUGUAGAACCCGACAUUAGAUGUUUGGACACAACAUUCUCUAGGAAUCUCAGAGUGGAUCUCUCACCCAUCCAGGAAAACCACAACGAUCCACAUCGUGGUAACCUGGCUCGAUCCAGAAUGGGACCUUGGAGAGAGUCUGUUGUAAGCAGUACUAGUAGCCCAAGUGGAGCAGGAAGCAAUUCCUCCUGGCUCACUACUUCUUUCCGUACACGCUGCCCUCCUCUUUUUUCACGCAACAGGAGGCAGGGUAGAGAUGAGAGUGCCUACUUGGCUGCAGAAUUGGAAGAUGAUUUCUGCCAUCCACAGUCAUUACUGAGGAGAUGGGAUGACCUGGAGCAUAAAUCAUCAGGGGAAGAUGACGAGGCGGAAGAAGAGCAAGGAGCAGUUGGUGUUGAGGUCUCUGGGGCAGCAUGUGCAAGUGGUGCUCUGGACGAAUCACUUCCUGAUCUUCAAAAUGUUCGGUCUUUGUUUUCACCACGUCCCAGAGUUGCAUUAUAUCAAGAUCUUUUAGUUCCAAUGGAUCCAGUGGAUGGUGCUGAGAGCCAUCUGGAUGGCCAGAAGGACAAGACUGCCUCCUGCAGGGAUCCAGAAAAGCUGCGCAAGAUCAAGGAGAGUCUGCUGCUGGAGGAUUCUGAUGAAGAAGGAGACCUGUGUCGUAUCUGCCAAAUGGGUGAAGAAUCUGCUUCCAACCCCUUGAUUGAACCCUGCAACUGCACAGGCAGCUUGCAAUACGUCCAUCAAGAAUGCAUCAAGAAGUGGCUUCACUCCAAAAUUAGCUCCGGCACUAACCUUGAGGGCAUCACAACAUGUGAACUCUGCAAGGAAAAGCUCCAUUUGAACAUAGAUAACUUUGACAUUAGAGAGUUAUACAGGACCCACGUGCAGUCUGAGUACGAUGACUUCAUCAGCAGCGGUCUGUAUCUGGUGGUGCUGUUGCAUUUCUGCGAGCAAAGAUUUGCUGAUGUCCUGGGAGCAGAGAACGAGGCAGGUUUGUUCAACCUGGCGAGAACUCUUCAUGAACAAGUGGAGAAUCUUGAAAGUAUUCCUCGUGAUGAGAGGGAUGAGGAUGACGAGGAUGACGACGUGCAUGACAACAGACCGUCUAUCGAAUUUUCUGACCUGGAUGAUGAUCUUGAGGAUGAGUAUUGAUUAUGUAAACCUGGUAGGACAAAGGCUUAAGAAACUUGCAGCAUAAGGACUGAACUUGCUCCUUCAUGUCAUAGUUAGCUUUUUUUUUUUUUUUUCAUUUUUAUGUGAAAAUGCCAAGUGUGCACAUGUUCUGCAGAUAUGCAAAUGUGAAGGAAUUUAAUUGAGAAAUACUUUGAUAAACACCACUGAAUUUCACUCAGUGUACUUUUUAAAAAAAAAAAAAAAAAUUCAAGUUAAAUAAAAAUGCAACAGAUAUGAACUCUUAAACCGUGAGUGCUUUAAUGUUUAAUUGGGUGGAAGCAUAAGACUUUCUUCAGAGUGCUGGUUCAAUCUGGAUUAUUGCAUAUCUUAUUCAAUCUGAUCUUACUGAUUGUCCACAUUUUGUGUGUGUGUAUAAUGUAAUAUAUAAACACACAAAGAGAAAGUGAUGGGAUCCGAUCUGUGUGUCCAUGUGACAUUCACGUUUAAAUCUUAUUCACAUUAGUUGCUGUAGUAAUGCAGGUACACACAUGGAAACAGUCACAUGACUGCUGUCGGUGUCACUCUGCUGUUCACAUGCUGCACCUUUUCUCACAGAGCGCUGACUAAUCAGGAUUAUCAUCUCAGUUGAUGGUAAGUUUGUCAGUAUUUUCAUUAUAUGCUUGUGCUGCUGUCAGGUGACGGCCGUGAUCGUACCCAGACAUACAGAAAUGAUUUUGCCCUAAUUUGCUCCAAAACAUGGCCAAAGAAUACACCCUGUUGAAUGAAGGGGGGGGGGGGGGCUUCCACACCGGUGUCACUGAGUAACGUUCACAGCGGAAGCUUUACGUGCCGCAAAAAGUCACUGAUUUAACAAAACACCAAGAAUUCCACCUGAGAAUCAAGACCAAAAAAUAGGAUUCUGAUCUCAUCUCAAACUUCCUAGGAAUGAGGUUUGAAACUGAUUUGGAAAAAACUGACUGUGCAGAGUUUGUCGGUUCAGACGAGUAACAUGAGGUCAGAUUUGUAUUGGAUUUGCACAUAAAUCAGAGUUUUACUGGCAGUUUGAAUAAGUCCAAAGUGACAAAGUGGAUGAGUGACAUUUGAAUGUUUUGUCACAUCUGAGAAAAGGUGAAAGCUGAAAUUUUAUUUUUAUGACUUUGCCCAGUGAUAAAAUAAAAGAAUACUUAAAGAAAGAAAGUAUUGUUUCACAUCUACGUUGACAGAUUGGCUUUAUUUGUAUUGUUUGAAUUGAAAUGUGUGUAAAACUAGUUUCAUGCUUUCAAUUUUGGGAAUAAAGAUUUGAAUGCAAACCCUGA